CCCGGAGAUAAGCGGUAAUAAGCCCACCACGUGAUCCCAAAUAAACGAUGGCGGCGUUUUUUCUCGCCGGGGCAAACUCGCCGCCCGCGCAGCAUCUUAUCACUGUUGAUCCCUUCUGCCCGAUUUUUUUUCACUGACGCCAUCACCAUGGCUUUCCGGGCACACUCUGGAACCCUCCGGCGAUGGGGCAUGGGGUCCCGAUCCAGGUGGGUGGGGAGUUUUCGUGGGCUGGCGACCGUUACGGAUCCCGCACUAGGAUACGAUGUCGUCGUCAUCGGCGGCGGGCAUGCCGGCGCGGAAGCCUGUGCGGCGGCCGCUCGCUCCGGCGCACGCACGGCUCUGAUCACCCCCUCGCGCUCGAACAUCGGCGUCUGCUCCUGCAAUCCGAGUUUCGGGGGCAUCGGCAAGGGCACGAUGAUUCGGGAGGUCGACGCCAUGGACGGCGUCGCGGGCCGGAUCAUCGACAAGGCCGGGGUCAUGUUUCGCAUCCUGAACCGCUCCAAGGGUCCCGCUGUGUGGGGUCCGCGCGCCCAGAUCGAUCGCGACCUGUACAAGAAGUACAUGCUGGAGGAACUGACGGCUACCGAGGGGCUGAGUAUCGUGGAAGGCACGGUCGGGGAUAUUGUGGUGUCGAAGGAGGGGGUGGAGGACGUCCCCGGCGCGACGGGCAAGAUUGUCGGGGUGCGGUUGGAGUCGGGCGAGGUGAUUCCCACGAAACGGGUGGUGAUCACGACGGGGACUUUCCUGGGGGGAGAGAUUCAUCUCGGGCUGGAGGCGUAUCCUUCUGGUCGCAUGGGCGAGGCGGCUACCUUCGGCCUCAGCAAGUCCCUCCGCGAGGCGGGCUUCCAGCUGGGCAGGUUGAAGACGGGGACCCCGCCGCGGCUGGAUCGGAAGACGAUCAACUUCGCCCCGUUGGAGGUGCAAGAGGGGGAUCAUCCCCCGCAGCCGUUCUCUUACUUGACGGACAGUGUGCAGGUUGGCGAUGAGGGGCAGCUCAAUUGCUGGAUGACGUACACCAAUCCCGCCGUGCACGAGAUUGUGCGGGAGAACCUCGAGAAGACGAUCCAUAUCCGCGAGACGGUCAAGGGCCCGCGGUACUGCCCCUCGCUGGAGUCCAAGAUCAUUCGCUUCGGCCACAAGGACAAGCACAUAAUCUGGCUCGAGCCCGAGGGGUUUGCGCCGAACGAUGUCAUCUACCCGAACGGCAUCUCGAUGACGAUCCCGGCCGACGCGCAGUAUGCCCUGCUCCGCAAGGUGCAUGGGUUGGAGAACGUCACGAUGCUGCAACCGGGCUACGGGGUGGAGUACGACUACAUCGACCCGCGCAACCUGUGGCCGACACUGGAGACCAAGCUGAUUAGUGGACUGUAUCUGGCGGGCCAGAUCAACGGCACGACCGGGUACGAGGAAGCCGCCGGCCAGGGGAUUAUUGCGGGCACGAACGCGGGCCUGUCCGCGCAGGGCCGCAACCCCUUGACCUUGCGCCGCUCCGACGGAUUUAUCGGGAUUAUGAUCGACGACCUGAUCACCAAGGGGGUCUCCGAGCCCUACCGCAUGUUCACGACGCGCAGCGAAUACCGCAUCUCGACCCGCGCCGACAACGCCGAUCUCCGCCUGACGCGCCUCGCCCGCGCCGCCGGGGUGGUCUCCGACGCCCGCUGGCGCAGUUUCACCGAGACCGAGGGUCAGAUCCAGGAGCUGCAGACGCUGCUGUCCAACACGCGGAUGUCGUCCGCCGCCUGGGCCCGACUCGGCCUGCCCUCCCGGAUCGAUGGCUCUGUCCGCUCCGCCAUGGACCUGCUCUGUCUGCAGGAGACGGGCAUCGACCGGCUGAUCCCGUACAUCGAGUCCCCGACGGGCACCGUGUUUACGGCCGAUUCCUUCGCCCCGGAGAUCCGCGCCCGGGUCGCCAUUGAGGGUCGGUACGCGCCCCACGUCGCGCGGCAGACGGCGGCGGCGCGCAAAGCUUUGCAAGACGAGAACUUGCUCCUCCCGCCGGACUUGAAUUACCGGAAUGUCCAUGGUCUGAGUGCCGGCGAGGUGGAGGUGCUGAGUCGGAUUCGGCCAGGGAGUGUGGGGAUGGCGCGACGGCUGGAGGGGGUUACGCCGGCGGGGGUGUUGCGGGUGCUGAUGUAUGUGCAUCGGUCCGGCACGGUGGGCCGGACGCCUGUGGCGGCCGAGGGGUUGGAGGAGACGCCUGAGGAUGUUCUGCAGGCUCUGUAAUUGCUGCUGUGUACAGUUCUGUGGUGUACGUUGUAAUCUAGAGCGAGUUCCUGGCAUAGGGUGGCGUUCGGGUGCAUGUUUGGAAUGGAUUCAAUUGAACGAGUUGAUUGUGAGGAGAGUACUAAU